GUUAGCUUGCGGCCGUGUUUGGCAGUAGCAUGUAGAGGUGAGCAGAGGACUUUAAAGCUGCUGGAGCGGAGUUUCCUUGAGAAGAGGACUUAAGAACAGCCAGUGACAGUUUCCCUCGGCGACAUGGACUACUGGAGUGCCUUGGAGGUGUAUAAGGAGAUGCUGCUGCUGUACCUGGAGGAGGGCCGGCGGCUCGUCAACUCCCACUGCGCCCACCUGGAGCCGUGGCAGAUCAUCGGCGUGUCAGUCAUCACCACGGUGGGAGUCGUCUGGAUUAAAAGCUUCCUCUUCCAGCAAGAAAGUCUCGUGUCCCGAAUCAAGAAGAGAUGCUUUCGACUCCUCAGGAAAAUACCCUUCGUUGGUGCGACGAUCCAGCGGCAGUUGAGCAAAGCUCUGGACGACAUGUCUGUGAGUCUGUGCACGCUGAAGGAGGGGAUGAGCUACACCAAGGUGCUGCCGUCUAAAGGUCUCUCUGAGAACCAAGUGACGGACAAAAUCAGAGAGUACGAGACCUUAAAUGAGGUGAAGUGGGAGAAAGGAUGUGUUUCUGGUGCCGUGUACUGGGGCGACGAGUCCCUGACCAAGCUGCUGGUGAAGGUGUACGGGGAUUUUGCGUGGAGCAACCCUCUUCACCCCGACAUCUUUCCCGGAGUGAGGAAGAUGGAAGCCGAGGUUGUCAGGAUGUCCUGCGCGCUUUUCCACGGUGGACCGAGCUCCUGCGGCACAGUCACGUCAGGGGGCACGGAGAGCAUCCUGAUGGCCUGCAAGGCGUACCGGGACAUGGCUUAUGAACGCGGUGUCAAAUACCCUGAAAUCGUCGCACCCGUCAGCGUCCACGCCGCGUUCGACAAGGCGGCGCACUACUUUGGGAUGAAGCUCGUCCACAUUCCCCUCGACAAGAAAAGCAUGAAGGUGGACGUGAAGGCGAUGAGGAGAGCCAUCGGCAGGAACACCGCCAUGCUCGUCUGCUCAGCGCCGCAGUUUCCGCACGGAAUCAUGGAUCCCAUUGAGGAAGUGGCCAAGCUGGCCGAGCGUUACAACAUCCCGCUGCACGUGGACGCCUGUCUGGGGGGUUUCCUCAUCGUGUUCAUGGCCAAGGCCGGCUACACGCUCGCGCCGUUCGACUUCAGGCUAAAGGGAGUCACCAGCAUCUCAGCAGACACGCACAAGUACGGCUACGCCCCCAAAGGUUCAUCAGUGAUCCUGUACAGCGACAGGAAGUACCGUCAGUACCAGUACUUCGUGGCUCCGGACUGGCAGGGCGGCAUCUACGCGUCGCCGUCCGUGGCGGGAUCCAGGCCGGGAGGGAUCAUCGCCGCCUGCUGGGCCACCAUGAUGUACAUGGGGGAGAACGGAUACGUGGACGCCACCAGGAAGAUCAUCAGCACCGCACGCAGGAUCAGGACAGGAAUUGGCAAAGUAAAAGGGAUCUUUGUGUUCGGCGAGCCGGAGGUGUCCGUGGUGGCGAUCGGCUCGGACGUCUUUGACGUGUUCCGCCUCUCAAACGCACUGACGUCGAAGGGCUGGAACCUGAACACGCUGCAGUAUCCCUCCAGCAUCCACAUCUGUUGCACUGUUCUGCACACCCAGGCGGGGGUCGCUGAGCGUUUCAUCAACGACGUCAAGGAGCAGGUCGCCAUCAUCAUGAAGAACCCCAAAGAGAAGACCACAGGAAUGGGAGCGAUCUACGGCAUGGCGCAGUCCAUCCCGGACCGGUCCUUGGUGACGGAGAUCUCCCGAGGUUUCCUGGACUGUCUCUACAGCACAGAGGUGCCCGAGUCGAGCACCAGCCACAUGAACGGCAACGGCAAAGCCCAGUGAGGACGGCCCGGGCCCUCGGCCCCCCGAACCCCCGCAGGGAAGCCUGCCGUUAAUCGCUCAACGGUUGCCUUAUUUUGCAUACCCACUCUUGUCUGGAAAACAUCUGCAACGCUUUAGAAGCACAAGCCAUUUCUACUUUUAAUCAGCCCGGAGGGAGUCGUUCCUGCCGGCGUGGCUGCACGGCACUGAGAGGAAGGGACUGGGUCCGGACGACUUCUAAUCUUUUAAUUGACCUUAAUUAUGUCUCAGAGAGUGUGUGUGUGUGUGUGUGUGUGUGUGUGUAUUUGUGAACUCUUUAUGUGUGCAGGAGUUAUUUAGUUUUAGGGUUUCAUUUCAACUUAGCAUUUUGUUUAAUGCUCACGUCUCAUGUUUCUCUCACGUACUCAGUAACAAAACCAUUCAGUUUUUAUUUUCUUUGUACCUCCUUGUUGUCGGAACAUUUCAGCUCAUUGUCGGCGACCAAGCAGACACACAAACCACUGAGGACUGGUGGCGUCGCGGCACUGCCCCCUAGCAUGAGAACGAUGCACUGCUGCAGCCCGGCUGCAGGCAUCAGUUCCAGGUUUCAUCAUGCAGCACUUCUCUGGUGUGAAAGCACCGCAGUGCCCCGACAGCAGCACCAGGUUCACCCCAAAACCACUUGAAGCUACGCUUGUAGUGUCCGUUAGGUGCACGAACAUGCCAGGCAGUCGGCGCUCAUUUUUGUUUCAAGCAUUUGCAGAGUUUAGUUUUCCGGGGGGGGGGUUUAGUUAACAAGGGCUUUGAAUGUUAUUACUAAGUGUCUUUAAUUGUGAAUGAGGGAGAACGAGGGCAUUACCGUUUAGUUCAGCUGGUAGAAUCCUAAACUUUUUCACUUACUCCAGAAUUGGAGAAUCAAUCAGAGAUUGGACACAUGUCGUCUUACCAGACUUGACUGAAGGUUUCUUUUUCUUUUCUUUUCUUUUUUUAAACCACUUCUGGUCAACUAUAUUGCAGAUACUGUCAAGAAACCUAAACUCCAUAUUCUCUUUUUUUAGUCCACAUCAUCACCCAAUGCUUCAUGUUGUUGUAAUAAUUUGUCUCCUAAUUCAAUCUACCUCAGUUUUUACUCGAAAUGCAAAAUGGCAUUUAUUCACCCGCCGAAACAUUCUGACAGCGUGACUGUUUUCUGCGUCGAACACGACAAACUUUACAGCUCAGACGGUUAAUUAACCACCAGGUUACCUGCAGGACCCCACUCAGAAAGGGAUCAAAUCCACUGUGACUGAGGCCUCUUGAUUUCUUACCCCCCCCUCCCCGGGAGAAACGUAGUUUCUGCGUGUGAAUGUGUAAUUAUCAGAUUUACAAAUCCAGCAGAAUAUUUUGAGACAUUUAAAAAGGUUGUCAACAUAUUUUACCACCCAAAAGGACACGUUCCCUCCAACAGUUCACCUGCUCUUAUGUUGUUAAAAAAAGUUUUCUUCUUUUUGUAUUUGUGCAAUAUAGUUUUCCUUUGGAGUAAAACAAAAGGGAUCACCGUGCUAAUGAUGUUGAAACCAGAAGCGAAGUAGAGGCGUCUAGUCAACUUUGUUAGCACAACAUGAGCAUUUCUGUGACCACUAGUUUCACAUCAGUCACUCGUCUUCUUUUUUGUAUUUCUUUGUGUGUUUUUUGUUUGUUUUUUUAAAACAUAAUGUGGGAUUUUAAAGAGCUCGGACAUGAAUGUAUUAAGGUUGUUUGCAUGUAUAACUUCCCCAUCUUUUAGUCUGUGCUGGAUUAAAGGACUGAUCAUACACCCCUGCUAACUGAUUAAUCACCUCUUCUCCAUCCAACCUGAAAUACUGUGUCCAGUGACAAAGGCUGCGAAAGUGACUCGUGUCUUUGUUCUGGAGAAAUAAUAAACGCUUGUGAUAAAUGAAUAACUGUUUCAAAUAAAAACUUUAACUUUUAAA